CCCGCCGCCGUUCGCGUCGAGUGUUUGUGUCGAUAUCGUUUUCGUUUUUUAUAAGUUCUUUUUUUUUUUUUUUUUACAUAAUCGUACACGUCGUUUUCGCGUUUUCCGACGGUCCCGUUUAACGCGCACACGCGAAAAAUAUCAAACUCGUAACGGAUCGCGGUCCUCCGACAACGACGACGUGCACAAGCGUACCUACAUUCGAUAAUAACCCGUAUUCCGUUUUUGAAGCAGUUUUCCGUCGGUAUUUUUUUUUUUUAAUUUUUUAUAACCCGCCCGUAGUAUUCAUUGAUGGUACUUCUCUGACCGCAAAACAAGUGUCGUCCAGCCAUAGGAGAUGGUCAGUAACAAGAACACAACAAAAAAAAAAAUAUAUAAAACACAAUAGUUACAUAGUAUUAUAAUAUUAUAAUUUCAAUGUAUAGUAUUAUUGCGCGUAUGUAUUUUUCAAUUUCUCCGUUUUUUUUUUUUCCGUUCGCACGUACUACUUUAUAGUGAUACGCAUUGUAAUAUUGCUGGCAUUUUUUUUUUUUUUUUAUUCCCAAACUAAAUUCUCGCUUGUUCAUUCGCGAAAAAAACCACCCUACUGUUAUUUUCGAUCGAUUAAGACUGAUGUCUGUCCACUAUUCUUAAAAAAAACGCCGUCUUUGACCGUGUCGUUAAAGUCUCUUUUGGCGUAAAUCUGUACAGUACGAACCGCGAAAAUACUAAUUAACGAAGAUUUACGUAUUCAUCAAAUUUAGCGUAAUUGUAUUAAAAUAUGGUAAAAAAAAAAAAAAACCCCCAAAAAAGCGUUUUAGAUUAAAUACUCAAUAAAAAUAAAUGUUAACAAAUACGUAUAUGAAGUACAAUUACUAUUUUUACAUUUAUUUUUUUUUUUUGUUUUUUUUUUGUAUUUGAUAUAAAACAUUAUUUUUGAAGUAUUCAAUUUUGUUUUGGAAAUGAUUUUCGAAAAUUAUAUUUUCAAGCGGACGCGCAGUUUGCCGAAAUAUUCAACGUCCUUAUUAGCGUCUAUUUUAUUUAUUAUUUAUUAACGCUGGUCUUUUUGUUUUUCCCAUUGAAAUUCCCAAUUAAAUUUUGAACAUAACGAUUUUUUGGGUUUUUCUUGAACAAAUGCGAAUUUUUCAAAGUUACUGAAAUGUCGUUAUGAAAACGAUAAUUAACAAGAAUUCGCUAAAAACCAAAAUAAUAACAAAAUAUUCGUAAAAAAAUGUACCUCGGGACUGCAUCGGUCGGUUUUCUUAUCGAAUAGUUACGUAUCCAUCGCAGUUAUUAGAAUAUCGUCGAAAUCCGUUCCGGUCGAUCGAGAAGACGUGGCCGGAAUUUCGAAUUAAAUAUUAAUGUCAUUAACAUAAACGAUAUUACGGAACACGUUUCACUUUCGGCCAAUUUUGGUCGAGACUAUAAAUAACACGGUAUUCCAUCAAACAAUCCGUCCGAAUUAAUAACAAUGACCAAUACGACGAGGUUCGGUGUACGUUGCAAACGCACCGAGUGAACAAUACGGUUGUAUUUUGUAAAUUGUUUCCCCCCCCACCCGAUAUGAUUUCAUUGUGGAACGAUUUCGUAUAGUUAAUUACGAUUUGACGAGAGACCGUUCGAAUAAUAUUAGUAAUAGAAAAAAAAAAACCCUAGUUCGAUAAUAGCAAUUAACACUCGACCGUCGUUACAUUUUUAAAAUAAUACGUCGUUAAUGUUAAUUCGAUUACAUUUUAGUAGGCCACAUUGUUAUAAUUAUUAAGUUGUUAAUCGUUAUUGUACAGUAUUUAAUUUAUUGAUUAUCGAUUGUGAUGUUCUGUUUCAGCUUGUCGGGGCGUUCAUCUUUACACUAUUAGCGCUAUUCUGUUUCGACGAUUCCUUUGGCGAAGAAAGGUGAAUUUGUUUGUAACAUUUGUUACGUUGUAAUAAUUUGUUAGUUUUAAAAUGUGUUCAACCGUCGGUAUUUACGCAAAAUCGUGUAAUUUCACCCGCCUGUAUACUUUGAAACGGAAAUCUAUCCGAUACCGAUCAAAACGAUUGUUUUUCAUCUCGGGUAUCAAUCACUAACGUCGUAACUUUUGGAGGCAAGUUGAAAUCUCCCCGAAAUGCAUUAACCGAUGUUCCGAUGUUCCAGAAGAGACGAUUUCGGGAAUUUAAGCCGGACUUCGUAGCGAUUGGUUAUCACGAUUGUUCGGAGAUUGAGGAGGGGAAAAACUGUUCAGACUUUCAUACCCUAACCCCGAUGGCGUAACGAAGAGAUUUAUAAUUUAGAUGGGAGGGGGGGUUGAGGCGUUCAACAUUGACAAUUCGGCCGACUCGAAAAAGAAACCCAUGAGAAAUAUCAAAACAUUUUUGAACAUAUCAACCUUUAAAAGUUAUAAUAUUCAUAAGCGAACGGUCAACCGGGAACAUGUAUACAGUUAUUUGACCGUGCAAUAUGCCCCCUCUUUUCCCCGGGUAAUUUCGCCUUUGAAUGCCAUGCAUUUUGGAACUUCCGAUCGUGGUCCAUUCGGCCGGUCGAAUUGGCGAAAAAGUUUUUGUUCCCCCGUUCGACCAACUGUAAUAGUGAAAAAAAGUCCAUUUUGCUGCUGCCUGAAAUAAGUUUAAGGGGGAAAGCUGUCCGAUACAGCCCCAUUCCAUUUUCGGUCCUGUGUGACCAGUACAGAACCGAGGUCACCCGUAACUAACGCACGCGUCAUGAAAAUAAUUCGGUGACGUAUGUAUUUUAAUGUUAUUAUAGUUAUCUGGGACAUGGGGACUUCACGACGGGCGCAGAACUAUCGUCGCCCUAUCUUCAUUCCGGAGGUGGUGGCCAUAACACGCACAGCGGUUAUGGUGGACACGGACACGGCGGUGGCGGAGGCGGCGGACACGGCGGCGGCGGUGGCGGCGGUGGCGGCGGCGGCGGCGAACACAUCCACAAGGGCGAAGUGAUACACAGACACGUGCACGAGGGCAAGGUGGAGCACAUCCAUAAGCACGUGGGUCACGCCGAACACGAUCACAAACACGCCGGCCACGGGCACCACGACCACAAGCACACCGGACACGCGGGCCACGACCACAAGCACCACGGCACGGGCGAGCACAAGCACUCACACUACGGCAAAGCCGAGCACGGGCACAAGCACGUCGGUUCGGGAGCGCAUUCGCACAAGCACGUCGGCGCGGCUGAACACUCGCACAAGCACCACGGGCAGCACGAGCACGGUCACCACCACCAAGGUCACUCGGACCACGCGCACAACCACGUGGCGCACGCCGAACACGGGCACAAGCACACGCUCAGCGGACAGCACGCGCACAAGCAUCACGGCUCGGCCGGGCACACGCACAAGCAUCUCGGUCACGCCAAGCACUCGCACGCUCACGGCGGCCACGCUGACCACAAUCACAAGCACCACGGUCAGGCCGAACACUCGCACGGACACCACGGCAACUUCGGGCACGGGCACGAACACCACGGCAAGUCACAGCACACGCACGCCCACCACGCGCAGGCGUCGCACGGCCACAAGCAUUCGGGACACCACGCGCACCUGCACCAUCACGGCGUUGACGGCGGCGGCGGCGGCGGCGGCGGUGGACACGGCGGCGGCGGCCACGGCGGCGGUGGCCACGGCGGCGGUCAUGGAGCCAGCCACGCGGGAUUUCUGGUGAAGAGAAACGACGGCGAACAGCCCGAAGGGCUGAGCAAGUACUACAAGACGAUCGUGGACGCGCCGGCGCCCGUGGCCGCCGCGCCGAGGCUCGAGGGCGUGCCGCUCGACGAAAUGUUCAGCAAGGUGGAGAUAGCCGACUACGGCGGCGGCACCGGCGGCACGGCCGAGUGAAGCGAGCUGAGGGGACACCGCAAUACCGCGCCGACCGCACAAUAAUAGUAAAUCGCGCAACCGAACGGAAGCACAUCCGAAACAAAUCAAGUAAAACUCGUUGUAAUAUUCGUCUACGUUUGCCACGAUACCCAGUGUUUUAACAUAUUAAUGUUAUAUAAUAUAUUAUAAUUAUAUUUUUUUUUUUUUCGUUUAUUUACUCGUUAAUAUUAAUUUUUUUUUUCUUUUCUUUUUUUUUUUUUUUCGUAUAUAAAAUACGUCUUGUUUUUGUUUUGUUUAUUAUUAUUAUUAUUAUUGUUAUUAUUGACACGUGAAAUAUAUAUAAUUAUAUUUAUAUAUAUAUAUAUAUAUAUAUAUAGAAAAAAAAUAUAUUUAUAUACAUAUUAUAAUAUAUAUAUAAGAUAAUACUAGUUGUAUACUUUAUUAAUAUGUACGUACGGUAGGAGGUACAUGCGCAUGUUUGCAUCAUAAUGAGCGCGUGCAAUAUUGUAUAACGUUUCGCAACGUGUAUCCGAAUAAUACCGCGCAAACGGGUACGACAAACGAAAAUAUCACGCGUAUAUAACCGUACAUAUAUAUGUAUACAUUGUAUAUAUUUGACAGAGUUCUGUUGUUCUAUAUAACCGGUAUAUUUUUGCGUGCACGUUGUCCAGAAACUAAACCGAAAAUCAGUAACGGACAAAACCGCGUGCGCGCGCCCCGGGCCCGUGUACAAUGCGUACGCACACAGACCGUGUACACGCAAAUCGUCGCGCGUACCGUGCACGGCUGUAACGUAUAAUUUCGUUAAAACUGGGUUUUGGUUGCGUGAAAGAAUGUUUUUUCGGUGUCGCGGAAAAACGUUGCGCGGCACCGUCGCCGUCGCUCCGGUCGUUCGGUUUCAUUAAACAAAAUUAGUCAAGGGCGGUUUUGACGCCCGGGCCAACGCACGCCCGGCGACGGCGGCGUUGCGCAAUAAUAUAAUAACGCGCGUUAUGGACAGGUGGAAAUCGGACCCGAUUGACUGCGGCGGCAUUUGCGUUUCGCGGUGCCGUUGCGUAACCGGGCCCGGGUUCACGUUGUCUGCGCGGCGGCGUUAACGCACAUUUUCCCGGUCGCAAUAACACAAUUUAUUUGCAUAUAUAUAUAUAUAUUUAUUACUGAUGUAUACAAUACAAAUAAUAGUGAUAACAAUAAUAAUAACAACUAGGUAUAAUAACAAUAAUAACACCGGUCUAACGACGAUGAUAAUGACGACAACGGUAACAAUCGCUACGGCAUCGUGACGCGUUUACGUUGCGGCGCGCGACGGGAACGGGCUGGCGAUUUCGGACGGGGUUCUGUGGGCCGCGGGGUCGGUCGUAUUCAAUCCAUCUUGUUCAUAGAGUACCGCAGUAUCUGCAGAUCGCUGCUGAUGUUGUUGGCCAGUUCUUGGAGCUGCAUUUUCGAGUCCAACACUUGUACGCUCUGCGUGUACGGGUUGUACCGGACUCCGAAUUUUUUCGGUAUUGUCUUGGCGAAUUUGCUGCGGAAAAAACGCGAGACGACGAAUGAGUUACACAUGCAAAACACACACAACGAAAUAGAAAACACGUAUUCGGUAAGUAUGACGCGCUCACAUCAGCUUCUCUUUGAUGUCGUCGAAACUCUCGGCCACGAAAUACGUGGGCUGGUAUUCAGUGAUCGGAUACUCUUCGUUGCCCGUCACCUCGGGAUCGAAUUCCUUGAGCGCCGGUUUGCCGGACAGCGAGUACUCGAGCUCGCCGAUCGACGACAGCAGCCCCGCGCCGUACGCUUUCAGCUCGCCGUCCUGGCGGCACAGCCCGAACUCGACGGUGAACCAAUAACACUGCAACGUAACAAUAUCACGUAUUGGUUUUAAAAAACCGUAUUUGUUUUUGCUACUCUUGUCUGCGACCGCUUUAUCGGUCGGUAUCAAAAAGAUCUUUCAUUUUCUAAAGUUUAGAAACCUUACUUAACCUCACCUCGGGAUUGCCCAGGAAAUUCCCACAAGAAAUUCCUAUUGGACACGUACAGGGAAUCCUAUCAGCAAUUAUUAGAAUCCCACACAAGACUCCGACUAUAGAAUCCCUUUGGACUCCCAGCGACCUUAUGGCUUAAACGCUUUACAACUUUCACGCCGAAAUGCAAAUUUCCCGUCCCAUGAUAAUUCAUUUUAGACAUUUUCCCAGAUUCCCGAUAGUAUUUCUAGAAAUUCGUUUAAAAAAAAAAAACUGAUGACAAAUGACGAGAUACGCUGCAGAGGUCAUAGACAAAAUUUAUUUGUACCACGUAGAGAUCUGCAAAGACGAUAUCACAGCGGAUUAUGAAAUUUCAAUUUCCCUAUUAUGUGGGCUCAUAUGAUAUCCUUUAGUCACUAAAGAUACGAAUACCGACUUAAGUAAGUGUAACUUCAGAAUCGAUUUUUGUUUCCGACCAGUAUUUAAACUAAAUCCCGUUCGUCCCGUCUGGCUUUUUUUGUUGUUGUUUUUGUUACUACUUACGGUAACGACAAAAAUAGUUGAGUGUACGGUAUAAAAAAAAAAAUAUAUAAAAAAUAAAAACCACCGAUGUCGUUACGAUAUCUAUAACAGACACCGUUAUUGUUAUUGGCACCUACCGAUGUUACGGGUUUUUAUCAAUAAUAAUACGCACGAGUUUGUUAUUGUGUGCUUGACGCGUUUCGCGAUUAGGUCGUGAUUUUAUAGGCCCGCUGGACGAUCGUUCAAACGACGACGACGUGUGGAACCGAUACCCGAAAGAAACUGGACAGUUUGCAGUUUUUCCGUGCCGCAUGUAAUAUAUUGGCAAAACUGAUGAAAUAUUAUAACCGGGACUCGGAUGUUAUAGCAUUUGCAUAGUCUCUUUAGUAUGUAUUAGACAUGUUAUAGUGCGAAACAAAUGUAUUGCAUAAUUCAACGAUGUGUUAGUUUAUUAAUUUACCAAGGACCAACGAUUUUCUCGAAGAAUUUUUAGUGAAUUUAAUUGCUGUUUAUUUAAACCGUUCAAUUUUAUUUUAUACAUAUUUCAAGUGUUUUUACCCAUAGUCUUUAUACAUUAAAAGAGUAUACGGUGUAUACUGUACACUUUUGAUACAUUUUUUAUGGGGUGGUACUUUAAGUAGGUCGUUUUUUGAUUUCCCAAGUGGUUUCCAUAAUCAAUCGGAAAAGUAGGAAAACCUGAAAGAUUAACGAAAUGUUUUAUUUUUAAAUCGUAAAUAUUCCACCUUUCAAAAUAUGUAUAACCGAACUCCGCUCACAAUCGAUUUUCGUUACCAAUAAUUAAUCGUUGCGUACAGACAUAAAUAUUUCCUCUCUACCUUCCCAACUUCUCACCUACAGUAGUGGCCCACCCAUCGUGCGAAGCAUGUCCGUUUAUUUUUUUAAAUAUAUUUUGAUGGUGAUUAAUACAUUUGAAUUGAAGCCCUAGUUAUUAUAACUCAUAAACGACAAAUCCGAUAUUAUUGUUAUUGCAUAUUAACAGUUCUAAAAAAAUAUUUUCUUUUCGAAUCUAUAAUUAAACGGAGGGGGGGGGGGGUUCUUAUAUGAAGAAACUGUUCGAAGUACUAAACAUAAACAUAUUUUUAAAGGAAAUACAAAUAUUUUGUCGUGAAACUGAAUUAUAACUCUAAUAAAACACGCCAUGUCUUCGUUAAAAGCAAAAUUUUAGACAAAGAAUCAUAUAAUUUGUUUGGUAAUUUUACCAUAUUUCUAUAUGUCCAGUUCUGUUUGGUGUUUUUAAAACGCAUGUUAAAGUGUUCAAUUUUCACUUUUUUAAUGCUAUAAUUUCCGAACUCCGUUUAUAACUGCGUUCAAUGAUGUUGCGCUCUGUAUUGCAUAUUUCUUAUUCGGAUAAAUAUCUCAACUUUUUCUAUUAUCGUAUAGAAUAUCAAAACUAUUAUCGAAUUUAAACGGUGUUACGAUUUUUUCGGCAAUGUUCAGGGGGAAAUCGGUGCGCGUGACUGCAUCAUAUUAUUAUAACUUAUAGUUCACGAAAGUAUUUCAACGCGACGAAACACAAUAAUCGUCACUGUUAUAUUGUUAUUGCGUCCGUAUGAAUUUACCGUGGCCAAUUUUUUUAUGUAAUCCUCGGGCGCGCCGAGCGACGCCAGUCCGAUUUCUUGCGAAAAUUGCGCGAAUGCCGGGUUGGCGAACAACGGCACGUGACCCAGGAGCUCGUGACAGAUGUCCGGUUCGGGAGUGUACAGCGGUUUGCUGUGAUGUCUGAUGUACUGGGUGGAAUGGAACACCCUGAAAGCCAGUCCCGCCAAAAAGUCCCUGGACGACAGGAGCCCGCACACCGGCCUCAGAGUGAAUCCGGUACUGUCUGUGACGAUAAGAAUUAGAAGGAAUAUUACAAAACGAUUAUCUACUAUUAUUGAUAACUUUAAUAUCAUUAGAAUUAUUAGUUAUCUAUAAUUAGUUAGUUAUCCAUAUCCCCCUCCCAUAUCCCCAUACCCGAUAUGAAAAUACUUGAGCCGUCACUGGUAACGUAAGUAGGUAUGCUAUUUACCCUUAAGAAAAUUGGAAAUGUCCUCUAACUGCGGUAUGUUGUUCUCUCCGUAACCGCAAUUUUCGAUCAAUAGCGGAAACACGUGAUUAAAUUCUUUACACGCGUGCGUCGGGUACAGUUUGGUCAGUUCCCUGAACACGGUGCCCCACGUUUUCACUUCUUCCUCGGUGUAAUUGACGUGUGGUAACUUUUCUCCGCUGCAUUAAUCCAACCGGGAAAAACAAAUGUCAACAGGUCUAGCAGGUGACGGCACUAAUUAAUUAGGUAUACUCAACUGUCUGUAUGUGAUCGCCGACUCGGUUAGAUACUUCCGCCUAGCCCUGUACACGGGAUCCGUGAACCCGGGAUGGUCGGCAUUAAGCUCUGCGCCGUAAGACAUGACCUGAUUGGCGUACUUGUCCAGGUCCCUGAUCCUCAACGGGAACCAUGGUAUGAAUUC